AUGGGAGCCUACCAGUACCUGCCCGUCUGGGUCCUGCUGCUCCUGGCUGUCACAGGCCCUGUAUGUUGUUUGCUGGAGUCAGGGGAGUUGGGAAAAUCUGUAUAUCUCACUGUGAAGCUAAAUCUGCCCGCACAGCGUGAAGUACAAUGGAGAUUUGGUACCAACACUCUGAUAGUAUCUGCCCAGCCGGGUAUCCCUCCCAUCUAUUAUGGUGCCUACAGAGGCAGAUGCACCCUAUAUGAGAACACAACUCUCCAGCUGGACAGUCUCACUGAUGCAGAUACAGGGCAAUACACACUCUCUGUAAUCAAUGUGGACACUGGAGCACAACAACAGGGGUCUGUUAAUCUCACUGUUCACAGUCCUCUUACCUCUCCAACUCUGAAAGUGAAUGUAUCUACCACUAAUGGCAAUGCUUAUCCAGUUAAUGGCACCAUCGUGUCCCUCCAUUGUGACGCUGGGGGCCAGAAUGUGGUUAGUUACACUUUUUACAAAGAUGGAGUGACUGCCUGCUCCCAGCCCUAUGUGACCUGUGACAAAGACUUCCUGUACUUCCAGCCAAUCAUGAUGAGUGACACUGGGACAUACACCUGUAAAAUAGAGAACUCUGUCAGCAGUAACACCAGCCAGCCGCUCAGUCUAACAGUCAUAGGUCCCCUUUAA